CCGGGGCUCCCCCACCUCCCUCGCUUGGCAUCGCGGCUCGCAAACUCCCCAUCUCCGCAAGGCAAGCGAACCCGGCGGAACCGUCGCCGAGAAGAGAAGAGGAGAGACAAGGUGGAGUAGGCCAUGUCCAACGUGCCCGCCUCCCUCCGCGACUCCUCCCUCACCGUCUUCCGCCUCGCCAUGUCCAGCUCCGACCCCUGGCCCUUCUCUUCCUGCCUCUAGCCACCAGCCGCCUCCGCCUCGAUCGGCUUCCUCUCCCUCCUCCUCCUCUUCUAGAGCAGCAGGCCGCCGCUCCUCCUCGCUUCGGUUCUCGGGGAGGGGCUCGGCCGAUCGAUCUGGCCUGCCUGGCGGCAAUCAUCAUGCACGGCAAGCACCACCACCAGCAGCAGCAGCAGAUGGCGCCGGCCGCGGUGGCGCCCAAGGGGUGCGUGACGGUGCGGGUGGGCGCGGACGGGGAGGAGCAGCGCCGGUUUUUUGUUCCGCUGGGCCACCUCAAGCACCCGCUCUUCGGCGCGCUGCUCGAGGAGGCCGAGCGCGAGUACGGCUUCCGCCACCAGGGCGCCAUCGCCAUCCCCUGCCGCGUCGACCGCUUCGUCCAGGUCGAGCACCUCAUCGGCCAGGACCUCCACGGCGCCGGCAGCAGCACCUGCGCGCAGCACCUCGUCGACCUCGACAGCGCCGCCGCCGCCGCCCCGCACCACCACCACCACCACCUGCACCUGCCGCGCUUCGUCGGCUGCUUCCGCGCCUGAUGAUGACCUGAAUCAGUUCGAUCGAGGUGGCUCCUCGUGUUGCUUGAUUAUUAGCUUUUGGUUUUGGCUCGCCCUCCCUUGUCUAUCUCGCGUUGGUUUGUGAGGGUUGAUGUCGAUCGGUGUGAAGCUUAAUUUGCGGCGAGAGCCAGGGAGGGCGGUGCAUCUAGAUGUUGGCGAUGAUGACGAAAAAUUGUGAUGAGGAUGAACUCAAUUGUAAAGAUCUAGAGAGAUCCUGUUGAUCUUUAGCCUUAGUUUUUCCCCCCUUAAUAUAUAUAUAUACUUAAUACUUUGCUAAUAUGCUCCGCAAAAUUAUAUUAAGAGUGGUUUUGUUCGUGUAAAUCAUAACGAUUAA